AUGAUCAAGGCGCCCACCUCCUCGCCCUUGGCCGCGGCCGCCGCCGUGCUCGUCGUCGUGUCGGCGUGGGGCGCGGACGCGACGAUCGAGACCACGUGCAGGGACGCAGGGGCGGGCGACCGGCGCGUGGACGUCGCGUUCUGCGUGCGCCAGUUCUUGGCGUACGAGGGCGCGGCGGAGGCGGAUACGUGGGGCCUGGCAAAGACGGCCGUGCUCAUCGGCAUCAACCUCGCCGACGACGCCAUCUUCGACCUCACCCACGGGAAGAUCCUCCCAGAGCCCAAGGACAAGAAGGCCGAGGCGGCCAUGGACGCGUGCGUGAAGGCGUACGACAAGGUGGGCCUGGCCUUCGCGGAGGCUUCCGACGAGCUCAGGGCGCGCCGGUACCCGGCGGCCAAGGAGGAGAUGGCGAGCGUCGCGCCGCUCCUGCAGCGGUGCGACGGCGGGCUCGUCAAGGUCGGGCUCCCGUCGCCGCUGCCCAGGUACAGCGCCGACUGCCUGCAGACGACCAUCAUUGGCAUCGCCAUAACCAACCUCGUCAAGUGAUGCAUGCAUGCGUCGAACACAUGUGGUUCUUCUUCGCGUGUGAUAAAGCUCCAAUAGUGUAUAGUGUCCUAGUCUGUCUUUUUUAUAGAAAUCUAAUAAAAAGGGGCAAUUCGUAUGCUUGGUUAAAUUUAGAGCCUUAGACUGUCAAUUUUCUACUCU